UCGUCACGAAAGAGUUGAACAGCUUCUCCAAUAACUUGGACAGUUUCACUUCAAACUUUCUAAGCUUUUUCCUUCUCUUUCCCAAUUUCUCUCUUUCUUCAAACCUUAAUUCCAAACCCUACUCUAAAAGUCUCUUCUUCUUCAAUCCAAUAAAACAAUAAAACAAGAAACUAAUAAAAUUGCAGAGCAAUGGACACUCAAUACACUCACAGUUUCUUCGAACGACGCCCCAUUCUCAAAUCCAAAGCUCCCGCUGUUAAAUGGUAUAAAGAAUGGGUACCCCAAGAUGUUGUUGCCACUGGUGGGAAGUGCCAGCUUUAUAGAUGGGUAAAUGAGAACACUUUGAGAGCCUUGAAAGAGAAGGCAAAGGAGCCAGACGCCCCAGAGCCGGAACCAGAACCUACUACUGAAGUUCUAUUCCUUUGCAGCUAUGAAGGCUGCGGGAAGACCUUCAUUGAUGCUGGGGCAUUGAGAAAGCAUUCGCACAUCCAUGGAGAGAGACAAUAUGUUUGUCAUUAUGAGGGAUGUGGAAAGAAAUUUUUGGAUAGUUCAAAGUUGAAAAGACACUUUCUCAUUCAUACUGGAGAAAGAGACUUUGUAUGCCCUCAUGAAGGUUGUGGUAAGGCGUUCUCCUUGGAUUUUAACCUGAGGUCACACAUGAAAACACAUUCGCAAGAAAAUUAUCAUAUCUGCCCAUACCCAGAUUGUGGAAAGAGAUAUGCUCAUGAAUACAAGUUAAAGAAUCACAUUUCAUCUCACCAUGAAAAGAAUGGGGCAGUGGAUGUCCCAAAAUAUUCUACACCUCCUGAGAGGAUUACGAAAACUCCCAAAAGUUCUGCAGCGGUUUAUGGCUCUGCAUCAUCUGACCGCCCUUACGCCUGUCCUUAUGAAGGGUGUGAAAAGGCUUACAUACAUGAAUACAAGCUUAAACUCCAUUUAAAGAGAGAGCAUCCUGGCCAUGCAUCGGAUGAGAAUGCUGAGAAUGCUGCACAUAAUGCUGAUAAUGAUAUGGAUGAAGCAAGUGAUCAAGAUGUCUAUACUGGAAAGCGUGGGGGCAGCAAAAGCCAGAAACAAAGCAGGGCAAAACCGAACUUGAAGAUGCCUCCUUCAAAGAUCACACAGCACAAAGGUUCAAGUGCAUCUCCUGCAUCAUUGAGCGUUGUGAGAAAAUCAUGGCCUAUUAAAGAAGAAACUUUCGAGGAAGAAGAUAGUGAAGAAACCGAGGAAGACCGUGACAAUGUCGAGGAUGGAUAUAGAUAUGGCCAAACUAACGAAGAUGAUGAUGAGGAGACUGAAUACGAAGACUGAAGAUUUUUUGCUGCACCAUCUUGGCAAGGGCAUUGUAUCUAAGGCACAUAAUCAAAUUCGCUCUCUUCUUUUCUUCUUUGCUUUUAUCAAUAAUCUAAAGCCAUCUUAUACCCAUUUUCUGAUUUGAAGAAUACAAAUAAAAUAUUAUGUUCUAGUAAUAAUGUUAUGCAUCGCUAUAUUAUGU